ACCGCAGCAUUUGAAUCAACGCAAAUCAACGAAUAUAGCUAUUAGGUACAAGAUUACACAAACAAAAAGUGGACUUAGAUCAAAGUAAAUAAAUAUUCAGAAAAAAGUUACAGUGUAUCGAAGCAGUGCAGUGCAUCAAAGGGGAUCAACGCCCCCAUCAGGAAGAUAAAAGUCCCACUCGCGAGGGUAAAAUUAUCCAAGCAUCACCGGAAGUCAGUGUGUAAAUGUUUGUACUACCGCAUUUCGUUGGUCGUGUUCGGAAGUGAAGCAAAAAGAUAGCAAAAUUCAGAGCAGCAAGUGAAUUCGUUCCUAAAACGGCGUAAAUCAUGGCGGACCAUGAUUUCGCACCGAGCUUCACGCAGAAGCCUCAGCUGCGCCAGGAGGACGACGGCAAUCGGUUAGUGUUCGAGUGUCAGUUGAUCGCGAAGCCCAAACCGGCGAUCGAGUGGUACCGUAGUGAAGAGCUCCUGUCACAGAAUGCCCGCACCAAGUUUAAGAUCCAGUCGUUCGGCGAGAACAAGUACUUUGUGGUGCUAGAGCUGGACGAUGUGAUCGAUACGGAUGCCGGUCUGUACAAGGUCAAGGCGAAGAACCGGAUGGGCGAGGUGUCGGCGUCGAUCAACCUGAACUUCAGUCAGAGGAUAGAUAAGCGAGAGCGACAAAUCGACGGACUCGCACCGACCUUCAUCAAGAAGCCCUCGAUCCAGCAGGAGAACGACGGCAAGCGGUUAAUAUUCGAGUGCCAGAUUCAGGCCGAUCCGAAACCACAGAUCAGGUGGUCCCACAACAGCAAAGUGAUCGAUAACACCCCAAGGCAUAAGUUCAAAGUACAAAACGAUGGCAAGCUGUACUUCGCGACGCUGGAGGUGGACAACGUGUCGUUCGAGGAUUCCGGCAAGUACAAGGUGACGGCCAAAAACGAGCUGGGCGAAUCGAGCGCGACAAUCAGUUUGAACUUCGACACGAACGAAAACGAUCGAGGCUUUGCUCGUCGUUGGAGAAACCGAAGAUCAUCCGAACAAACGCGACGCUGA